AUGAGGGAUCCCACGACUGAAAUGGAACAAAUCUCACAACAACCGACCAACAGGUCGACGGCCCCGCGACGAAACCCGAAUAAAUCAGCUCGAGUCGCAUUCGGUCCCGACCUAGAAACCACAAUUCCCACUCGCGAAAGAUCUCCGGCCCCGUUGGCUGGCCACCAUCGUUCAUUCACAACGGUCGAACAAAGGCAGCCUUCUCUGGCGCUCCCCGAACGACCAACAAGUUCCUCUGGAGAGAAUUUAUCCAGCGGCAUAGAUGCAGAUACUCCCCCACGUCGCCCUUCGCCCCGGCGAUCGGAGAGUAGCCGACCCGCCAUGCUGAAGAGAGCUAAAAGUGAUUAUGGCCCAAGUCGUAUUACUUUUGAUAAAGCACCGGGUGAUGAUGACGAGGACUUUGCUAUGCGCCAUGGAUGGCAAGAGGAAUACACUUCCAGCGAAUAUUUGAAGAUAUUGCACUCGAAUUUCUACAUGUACUUCACCGAGAAGCGCCACGAAACCAACGGCGUCCCCAGAGACCCAGUCGGAAGCUGGCCCAGUCAGGACUGGCGUAUGAAGGACCGCCUGAAGACCGUGUCUGCAGCAUUGGCAAUUUGUUUGAAUAUCGGAGUUGACCCUCCGGAUGUGGUCAAGACAAACCCUACAUCAAAAUUAGAAUGCUGGGUGGAUCCCACCUCUACUACUGGUGGAGGUCAGAACAAGAUCAUGGAGCAGAUCGGAAAGAAGCUACAGGAGCAAUACGAAACUUUGAGUUUACGGACCAGAUACAAGCAAUACUUGGAUCCGUCAGUCGAUGAAACAAAGAAGUUCUGCAUAUCGCUUCGCCGAAACGCCAAGGAUGAACGAGUACUUCUACAUUACAAUGGUCACGGUGUGCCACUCCCAACUCAAUCGGGUGAAAUCUGGGUAUUCAACAAGAAUUAUACUCAGUACAUUCCCGUGCCACUCUAUGAUUUGCAAUCCUGGUUGGCUGGUCCCAGUCUUUUCGUCUUUGAUGUCUCGCACGCGGGCAACAUUGUCCAGAAUUUCCACACUUUUGUCGAGAAACAUGAGAAGGAGAACAUCGAAGCCAAAAAGCGAGACCCGAAUGCCAUCGUCCAGAACUACGGAGACUGCAUUCUCCUCGCUGCAUGCCAGAAAACUGAGUCUCUCCCAACGAAUCCCGACUUGCCUGCAGACUUGUUCACGUGUUGUUUGACGACACCAAUCGAAAUUGCUCUGCGCUUCUUUAUUCUACAAAAUCCACUCCGAACUGACAUUUCCAUUGACGAUUUCCGAGUUCCUGGUCGACUGCAGGAUCGCCGAAGCCCUCUUGGCGAGUUGAACUGGAUCUUCACCGCUAUCACUGAUACCAUUGCAUGGAACACUCUGCCUCGGGCAUUGUUCAAGAAGCUUUUCCGGCAGGAUCUGAUGGUUGCUGCUCUGUUCCGCAACUUCUUGCUAAGUGAGCGUAUUAUGCGAACCUACAAAUGCCAUCCCAUCUCUUCACCCGAGCUUCCAGAAACCCAUCACCACCCGCUAUGGAAGAGCUGGGACCUCGCAGUCGAGAUGGUGCUAUCCCAGCUUCCUGCUCUGAUUGAUCAUGAGGAGGGACGUCGCCAUUACGAAUACCAGCAUUCUACUUUUUUCGCUGAGCAGCUCACUGCCUUUGAAGUUUAUCUGUCGUCCGGUCCUACAGAAAAGAACCCACCAGACCAACUUCCGAUUGUGCUACAAGUUCUUCUAAGCCAGGCACAUCGUUUGCGGGCAUUGAUUCUGUUGAGUAAGUUCCUAGACCUCGGUCCAUGGGCUGUCCACCUUGCAUUGAGCAUCGGGAUCUUCCCAUACGUCGUCAAGUUAUUGCAAUCAGCGGCCCAGGAACUCAAGCCCGUCAUGGUGUUCAUCUGGGCCCGUAUCAUGGCAGUGGACCACACAGUUCAAAACGAUCUCCUCAAGGAUAACGGGAUUCAUUAUUUCAUCUCAAUCCUCAAUCCUUCUUCGCCAAUUCCCGUCGGCAAUGCCAGCGAGCAUCGUGCCAUGUGUGCUUUCAUAGUCUCCAUCUUUUGCAAGAACUACCCACAGGGCCAGAAUGUCUGCCUUUCUAACGAACUGUUUGACUCGUCACUCAGACAUUUGGGUGACGUGGAAAACCCUUUGCUGCGACAAUGGUCAUGUCUGUGUCUUAGCAUGCUCUGGUGUGACUUCCCAGAAGCAAAGUGGAUGGGUAUUCGUUGUGCCGCUCCCGCGAGACUUUGCGAGUUGAAUUUCGACCCCGUUCCGGAAGUUCGUGCUGCCAUGUUGCACGCUGUGACAACCUUCCUGGGAAUCCCUGACCUGACAGACCAAGUGGCUCAAAUUGAGGAAACCUUGGCUCUGGCUGUCUUGCCCAUGUCUGCAGAUGGUAGUGUGGUUGUCAGAAAGGAACUUCUAGUGUUCUUCUCCACAUUUGUCCGACGACACCAAAACAAAUUCUUGGUUGCGGCCUUUGAAGAACUUCAAGACGAGAAGCGUUCCCUGCGCCAGCGCUUCCAGAACGAAAACCCCCAUUCGACCUACAAUGAGAGCCAGGAUGGAAUAGUGUCUUCUACUCCAAAAAUAUCUCGCAAUACCACCUUCGGAACUAUCUGGAAACAACUUUUGGCUCUCUCGGUUGAUCCUCACCCUGAUAUUGGCCAGGAUGCUGCCAUCAUUGUCGAUUACAUCCACCUUGCAUUGCUAGAAUCUCCGAUGGCUCCCCUGACUAACAAGCUUAAAAAUGAAAUUUUGGAUCUUGCAGGGUUUUUGAACCUUCAAACUCACGAGCGUUCCGAGACAAAGAAGGUGGCGCCACCCUCGACGCCUCCCUCAUCAUCGGCAGCAACUUCAAAACAAGAAGGUUAUCUUUCGCUCGGUUUCAAACGAACAGCCAGUGUCGCUGCUUCCCUCAAGAACCUCGCGUUCGGAAACUUAGCAAACGGGGAUCCAUCAGACAACUCGAACCCCCCGUCUCCCUCAACAGGUAGGAUGCCCAUCACCCCUCGCGGCCGUGCUCCUCCCGAAUGGACUCGACCCCCAGAAGGCAAUGACCAUGUUGCUCCUGCGACAGCAUACCAUCAGGCACCUUCACCCACAUCACGAGGCUUUGAACCCAAAGGCGCUGGGGCUGUCCCAGUCAUUCCCCUCAAGAGCCGAUUCCUUGACUGGUCGACCGAGUAUUUCCGCGAGCCCCAGAUGAAGCCCAACGAGCCGGAUGAGCCUGGUAGCUCGGACUACAACCAACGCCUGUGGAGACGCGGCCGCAAUGAGAAAAUUAUUGCCGAAACCCAGCCCCUCAAAGGGAAGGCUGGAGCAAGCCGGUGGGAUAACUCCGUUGCUCUAUUGUCGAAUGGUAGCCAGCCUAUGAAGAUGUGCUUCCACCAAUUUGAGGAUCACCUUGCUGUUGCAGAUGAUCGAGACACCAUUGCAAUUUGGGACUGGCAGGGCCAAAGACGCCUUAAUCAGUUCUCGAACAGCAACCCUGCAGGAUCAAAGAUCAACGAGGUUCGAUACAUCAAUGAGGAUGAUCAGGCACUUCUCAUGACUGGAUCUUCGGAUGGUGUUAUUAAGCUAUUCCGUCAUUAUGAGUCCAGCAGAGAUAUUGAGGUGGUCACGGCUUUCAGGGCGCUUCCUGAGUUGAUUCCCAGCAAUAGAAACGCUGGUCUUGUACUCGACUGGCAGCAGGGCCAAGGUAAAGCCCUGGUUGCAGGCGAUGUCAAAGUCAUUCGUGUUUGGAAUGCUGCCACUGAAGUGUGCACAAACGAUAUUCCUGCCCGUUCUGGCUCGUGCAUUACAUCCUUGACCUCUGACCAGGUCGCAGGCAACAUCUUCGUUGCAGGAUUUGGUGACGGUGCCGUUCGAGUCUUCGAUCAGCGAUUGAAGCCCACCACUUCCAUGGUCAGGGUCUGGCGUGAGCACAAGCAAUGGAUUACCAACGUUCACAUGCAGCGUGGUGGGCUACGAGAACUAAUUUCCGGCGGCCGCAAUGGCGAGGUUCGCCUUUGGGAUCUGCGGAUGGAUGAUCCAAUCUCCACCAUCUACGCCACCAAAGACACCCUACGAACCUUGAGCGUACAUGAACACGCCCCUGUAUUCAGCAUGGGCACAAACCGCCACGAGGUCAAGACCUUCAACGUGGAUGGCACUUACCUGUCCACGUUCGAACCAUACUCAAGCUUCCUCCAUCAUAACCGCUCGUCCCCCAUUGCAAGCACUGCUUUCCAUCCCCACCGGACUGUGCUUGCAUGUGCCGCGCUGAAUGAUCACCACGUCAAUCUCGUGUCCUGCUAA